AUGAAAGACAGCGAGAGAAUUGAAGACUGUCUUGAACUUGUUGGCACAAGAGACCGAGUGUGUAUGGCUUCUAUAAUUGCUUUCAUUACCCGCAAUUGGCAGAUUUACUCUCCUUCUGAGCUUCCCAAGGAACCAAACGCCUUGAAGUUCGGUAUUCUCGGUGCCGCUAAGAUCGCGCCAAGCGCGUUGAUUAAACCGGCCAAGACGCAUCCCGAGGUGAUCAUCCAGGCUGUAGCGGCCCGCAACAAGCAGAAGGCCAUAGACUAUGCCAAAAAGCACGGCAUACCUCAAGUCCAUGACAGCUACGAAGGCACGUUCUUUCCACACUUUCCUUCGGAACCAACGUGGCAGUUUUUCCUUUCAUUGAUCGACCGUCCCAAUUUGGAGCGCGCCGUCUCCGUUGCGAAGCUGCCCUCGUACAUCAUCUCCAAGAACAGCAUUCAGUUCAAGUAUGAACUGGGCGGCGGCAACAUGCUCGACCUCGGAACAUAUGUGAUGGGCGUCUUGCGGGAUGUCAUGGGCGCUGAACCUGAAGAGUGUACCAAGUGCACUGUUCGAAGGUCUCCUCCUCCAAAUGAACUCUGCGACGAGGCGGCUGAUGCAACCUUCCGUUUCCCUGGUGAUCUUAUUGGCGAGGCUGUAAUGGAUAUGCGCGCGAGUGUUUCCACUCUCCCUACGUUCAAAGUCACUGUUAUCCAUAAGGCGAGGGAGUCCAAGAAGAUUUACACGUUCAAAGACGCUGGUAUCGAUGAGCCUAGUGAACUGUCCUGGAUCUCUUACCGUCAUCAACUCGAGCAGUUUGUCAACCGCAUUCGAGGCAGAGAAGGCUCGGGGCUCUGGGUCCGCAACGAGGAUAGCCUUGCGCAGGCGAAAAUGAUCGACAUGGCAUACGAAAAAUCAGGCCUGCCUCUUAGGCCCACGAGCAAGUUUGUUCGGCUGGAGGCAUCUACAUGA